UCCCUGGGCCACCCUACAGGGUCUGUUUCCUCUAUAGUUACGCCACUGUGUGUAUCUAUAUAUUAAUUCAUUUUCAUUGCAUUCAUCUAAUUGUAAUGUCUCAACUAAUGGUAUUUAUUCCUUACAGGACCCAGUGAUCAGAAGGCAGAUUGUACUACAUCCGAUUCUAUGAAACAAUUAGUUUUAGAGAUCCCUAAACCGUAUAUCCGUUUGGCUGGAGCAUGCAUUAGUUUGUUGAUAAUUGGACUUCUGGCAUUAAGCAUUCGUUUCUGCAACAAGCAUGUGAAAGAAUUAAAAAAACGUGAGGAAGAGGUGCGGAGUCUUCAAGUAGUUGAACCAGGAGUAAAAAUACACAUAGGAGAAGAAGGGAACUCUAAGGAAAAUGAAGUGACUCCUAAUAAAGAAAAUAAUAAUAAAGUGGGAGAAAUAUCAGAAUCUGCUACAAUAACGGAUGUCCCUCAAGAGAACUGUGCUGAAACAGAUAAAGAGAUUAUAGAUGUUGAAUCACAGCACAUGAACGAAGAUACCACUGAAAAACAAAAAAAGAAAAACUGGAGGAAAUAUCUUCCUUUUACUAAAAAAACCAAUCCACCUCCUGAGAACGGUGUGGAAACAGAUAAAGAGCUAAAGGAAAGUGGGAAGAAACGACUAAAACUGCUAAAACUACUAAAACUACUAAAAGUAGUAAAACCACGAAAACCAGAAUUAUCAGAGGAAACAGAUGAACAGAACAAGAAAGUUCAUGAAACGCAAGUAGAGGAAGUUGAUCAGAAGAAGAAAAAAAGAAUAUGGAAAUGGAAAUGGAAAAAGAAAAGGGCAGAAAUGACACUUCUCUCAUUAUAAAAACCAAAGUCGAAGGAGGAGCAGUUCAAAAUAAAAAAUGGAAUAACGGCAGCCCUUUCCUUGUGAGGCAAUUACGGGCGACUUCGGCAAACGAUUUA